GUUUAAAUAAACAUACAAGGUUAGUUUUUUAUACUGGUUAUGGUUUUUUGCAUCUAUCAUAAAUUAUAAGGUUAUUUACAUCUUUUUAUGUUUAGACGUGUUUUAAACUGUUUGGUGUGAGUUCGGUAAUACACUUUGGUAACAAAUAAAAAUUGAAGUAAUCAUCUACAGUGCGAAUGUAGCAAUCUUAAUUAAAAAUUAUCAUGAUGAGAGUUAUAUCUCGAGAAAAAUAGUAGGCGGAACAAUUUAAUAUGGUUUUUAACUAAGGACAAGGACGAAAUAUCUAAAAUGACCAUUAAUAGCAGUGAAUACAAAUCUCCUUCAAUAUGGGAGUUUUGGAGAGCAAGAAGAUACGUAGUGACGUUUAUGCUCUUUCUGGGAUUUUUCAACACCUACUGUCUACGAGUUAACCUCAGCGUUGCUAUUGUAGCUAUGACUCAGUAUUACAAUGUCACAUUGGCAAAUGGUACUACUAUUGUGACACGAGAUUUUGACUGGGAUACCAAAAUACAGGGUUAUCUCUUGAGUUCCUUUUUUUAUGGCUAUAUAUUUACUCAGUUUAUUGGAGCAUAUAUGGGUAUCAGGUUCGGAGGAAAAAUUGUUUUUGCUGUAGGACUCGGCAUGGCAUCCAUUUUGACCAUUCUUACACCAGUAGCUGCAUAUAUAAAUGUUUGGCUCCUGUUAGCUGUAAGGAUAUUGGAAGGAUUGUUUGAGGGGGUUAUUAUACCAUGUAGUCAGCAAAUUUGGAAAAACUGGGCUCCAAAGCUAGAACGGAGUAGAUUAAUAACAAUAGCCAUAUCUGGAACCUAUAUAGGCACAGUUAUUUGUUUACCUUUGUCAGCACAACUUUCUACACAUCUUGGCUGGGAGAGCAUAUUCUACGUUUUUGGUGCCGUCGGCUGUAUAUGGUGCGUAUUCUGGUUAUGGUUAAUAAAGGACUCUCCUACGGAAGACCCAAAAAUUUCGAGCGAAGAACUGAAAUAUAUAACCAAUUCUCUGGAAGGGUGCAAACCGGAUACUAAUAGAAAUAUUCCUAUAUGGUCAAUUCUAACAUCUCCUCCGGUGUGGGCUUUGAUCGUUGCAGCUUCUAGCGAAAUUUGGGGGUUUUACACAAUGCUGACACAGCUACCAAAAUUUAUGAAAUACGCUCUCAAAUUUAAUCUCAGUGAUUCAGGAUUCGUAUCAGCAUUGCCCUAUUUAGCAGUUGCGUUUGUAAUCCAAAUUGCAGGUCACCUUGGAGACUACGUGCAGUCUAAAAACCUCUUCACAGUUGGUCAAUUAAGAAAAAUUUUUCUUGGAGUCGGUUUCUCACUGCAGUGCACAUUCAUGAUAAUCUCUGUUCAUUGGGUUUCCACAGUUACUACGACUUUUUGUCUCGUCUUGGCAAUUGGAUUUGGAGGUUUUGCAAUGGCUGGCUUUACGGUCAACAAUUUGGAUCUGAGUCCAAAUUUUGCGAGUGUCAUAGUAGGCAUUGGGAAUACAUUUGCAACUUUGCCAGGAAUCAUUAGUCCCAUUUUAACUGGAUAUCUGGUCACCGAUGAAACGAGCAUUGAACAAUGGAGGAUAAUGUUUUAUAUUGCUGGCGGUAUAUAUCUUGUCGGAGGAUUGUUCUACUGCAUUUUUGGAUCGGGUAAUCUACAGCCUUGGGAUAAAGUGCCAGAAGAUUUAAAGGAAACUGAGAAAGAAACGUACGUCAAUCCAAAUUUUCAGUCUGAAGAGGUGAUCCCUAAUACUUGAUUGUUAUAAAGAAAACUAACAAAAAAGCAUAAAUAAUAACUGUGAUUGUAGUAGGUUUACUGGUGUUUUAUUUUUUUUAUUUAUAUGUUAAGUGUGUUUUGUAUUUUGAAUGUAUUUUUUGUCACAUUUUGUUUUAUUGGCAUAACUGUAACUGUAUUUUUGAUAAGAAAUAAAUAAGAUUGAAAUAAAA